CGCCUCUGCACUCACUCGUCCAUCUUAACCUGGUGCCGUCAGACCUGCAUGUACUCAGAUGCUCAGUGUGUGAUGAGACUGUUCAAGGCUGGUGUUGACUCAACUGCAUGAUCAUUUCGGAGGAUGUGACGCUGUCGAAGGGUUUUGCAUGACACACACAGGUUCAGCGAUUGAUUUGAAUGUGCUGGACGAAAUAGUUGCAACACCUGUCAACGCAAGGCAGCACCUCCGACUUGACUUCAGCCCAGCAUGAUGAGACAGUUGUACACAUUAUUGAUUUAAUCAAUUAAUCUAGUAAGGAACAGGAUUUGCCUUUAAGCGUCUUCUGGUUGAUAUGGUCCGGAUGUGACGAGUCCCGGUACAGAGGUUUUUGUUCUGUACCUGGCCACGUGUCUAGAUGCAGCUAAAGCAUGCUCUUGGCCCAGAUAAACCGGGACUCGCAGGGAAUGGCGGAGUUUCACGAUGCCGACGGGCAGCCGGUCACUCUCUGUCUGACAGAGGCCGUGACAGUAGCAGAUGGCGAUCAGAUGGAGAGCAUGGACACAGUGAGCCUGCAGGCCGUUACUCUUGCGGAUGGAUCCACCGCGUACAUCCAACACGACUCCAAAGCUUCCUUCGCAGACGGACAGAUCAUGGACGGCCAGGUGAUCCAGCUGGAGGAUGGCUCCGCCGCCUACGUUCAGCAUGUGUCGAUGCCUAAAGCAGGAGGGGACAGUUUACAGCUUGAAGAUGGGCAGGCAGUUCAGCUAGAAGAUGGAACAACAGCCUACAUUCACACACCCAAAGAUACAUAUGACCAUGGCGGCCUGCAGGAGGUGCAGCUGGAGGAUGGGAGCACAGCCUACAUCCAGCACACUGUGCACAUGCCCCAGUCCAACACCAUCCUGGCCAUCCAGGCUGACGGCACCAUCGCAGACCUGCAGGCUGAGGCCACUGCCAUUGACCCAGAGACCAUCAGCGUGCUGGAACAGUACACCAAGGUGGAGAAUAUAGAAAACCCCUUAGGGUCCUUCAGCAGAGUGGAAGCAGACAAUGGUGUUCACAUGCGGAUUGUGUUACAGGGCCAAGACAACAGGCCGGCGAGGGUCUCAAAUGUAGGAGAAAAGUCUUUCCGCUGUGAAUACGAGGGCUGUGGAAAGCUCUACACCACUGCCCACCAUCUCAAGGUCCACGAGCGCUCCCACACUGGAGACAAACCGUACAUCUGUGACUAUCCUGGCUGUGGGAAGAAGUUUGCAACAGGGUAUGGAUUGAAGAGUCACUCACGCACACACACGGGGGAGAAGCCUUAUAGAUGUCAGGAGUUGAACUGCUGCAAGUCCUUCAAAACCUCUGGUGACCUUCAGAAGCACACAAGGACGCAUACAGGAGAGAAGCCUUUUAAAUGCCCUGUCGAAGGCUGCGGCAGGUCAUUUACCACAUCCAACAUCCGCAAAGUUCACAUCCGAACACACACUGGUGAGCGGCCAUACUACUGCUCUGAGCCCACCUGUGGACGGUCCUUCGCUAGUGCCACCAACUACAAGAACCAUAUGAGGAUUCACACCGGGGAGAAACCGUAUGUGUGCACGGUGCCUGGGUGUGAAAAGCGCUUCACAGAAUACUCCAGCCUUUACAAACACCAUGUUGUUCACACACCCUGCAAACCUUACAACUGCAACCAUUGUGGGAAAACCUACAAGCAGAUCUCCACACUCGCCAUGCACAAACGCACAGCCCACAACGACACGGAGCCCAUAGAGGAGGAGCAGGAGGCGUACUUUGAGCCACCAGCAGAUGCCAUCGAUGACCCUAACGUGAGUUACACAGCAGCAGUGGUCGAUGCAGAUGACUCCGGCUCAGAGCAGGUUCCAGUGGACACCUCGGACAUGGUUUGUCAGCAGCACGUUGCCUUGGUAACGCAGGAGGACGGGACACAACAGCAGGUCAGUAUCUCUGAAGCGGACUUACAAGCUAUGGGUGGCACAAUCACCAUGGUAACCCAAGAAGGCACAACCAUAACCAUCCCGGCCCAUGAACUGACGACGCAAGGUGCUCACUCGGUUACCAUGGUGACGACAGACGGCUCAGAAGAACAGGUGGCCAUCAUGACACCCGACAUGGCCUCAUUCCAAACUGUGGAGGAGGCGGCCUACAGCCAAGAACAAGAUGGCCUUCAUCCUGUCACGUUACUGGCUACGUCCAACGGCACUCACAUCGCUGUGCAGCUCAGUGAUCAGCCUUCGCUGGAGGAAGCCAUCAGAAUAGCAUCAAGAAUACAACAAGGGGAGUCACCGGGCCUGGAUGAUUGAUGGACGCAUUAUGGACUAUGAUUUAGGAUCAAAACCAUCACGAUUGGAUUAUCAACAAGAGAAAUCAAGUCUUCCUCCAUGUUUGUUUGUUUGUUUGUUUUCACAAAAGAACUUAGCUUUUAUGUGUACAUAGUAUUUUGAUAACUGGAGUCGCGCUAUGCUCUUUUGUUCCUCGGCCAAAAAGAUGGAUUGCAGAGGAGAAAAUGCUUUCUAAUGUUUAUGGUGCACAGUGUACAGUGCAGUGUACAGCUAAUGCUAUUUCUAAUAAAAAAGUGUGAUUAAUUGACAGUA